AUGGCUCUGACCACCAAUAAGGAGAGAUGUCACUUCCAGGUGGGUGACUUCGUGGACAGUUAUGGUGGACAGCCGAACUUCAGGACUCCCAACGCACCCAAGAAGAUCCACCAGUGCCCUGUAUGCUCGUACACCACACCCAAUCGUUCCCACUGGAUUGUUCACUGCCGAACACACACUGGUGAAAAGCCAUAUUCAUGCUCAUACUGUCCAUAUGAGACAGUUGCCAAGAGUGACUUGAAGAGACAUAUUAGAAUUCACACUGGAGAGAAACCAUUCUCUUGUCCUCACUGUCCAUAUCAGACUGCUGUCAGUGCAAGCCUCAAGAGGCACAUUCUUACCCACACAAGAGAUGACUUGGAACAGUGA